GUAGGUCACUUGGGCUCCAGCUAUGUGGCUGCCUCUGCUGCUGGGUGCCUUACUCUGGGCAGUGCUGUGGUUGCUCAGGGACCGGCAGAGCCUGCCCGCCAGCGAUGCCUUUGUCUUCAUCACCGGCUGUGACUCAGGCUUUGGGCGCCUUCUGGCACUGCAGCUGGACCAGAGAGGCUUCCGAGUCCUGGCCAGCUGCCUGACCCCCUCCGGGGCCGAGGACCUGCAGCGGGUGGCCUCCUCCCGCCUCCACACCACCCUGCUGGAUAUCACUGAUCCCCAGAGCGUCCAGCAGGCAGCCAAGUGGGUGGAGAUGCACGUUAAGGAAGCAGGGCUUUUUGGUCUGGUGAAUAAUGCUGGUGUGGCUGGUAUCAUCGGACCCACACCAUGGCUGACUCGGGAUGAUUUCCAGCGGGUGCUGAAUGUGAACACAAUGGGUCCCAUCGGGGUCACCCUUGCCUUGCUGCCUCUGCUGCAGCAAGCCCGGGGCCGGGUGAUCAACAUCACCAGCGUCCUGGGUCGCCUGGCAGCCAAUGGUGGGGGCUACUGUGUCUCCAAAUUUGGCCUGGAGGCCUUCUCUGACAGCCUGAGGCGGGAUGUAGCUCAUUUUGGGAUACGAGUCUCCAUCGUGGAGCCUGGCUUCUUUCGAACCCCUGUGACCAACCUGGAGAGUCUGGAGAAAACCCUGCAGGCCUGCUGGGCACGGCUACCUCCUGCCACACAGGCCCACUAUGGGGGGGCCUUCCUCACCAAGUACCUGAAAAUGCAACAGCGCAUCAUGAACCUGAUCUGUGACCCGGACCUAACCAAGGUGAGCCGAUGCCUGGAGCAUGCCCUGACUGCUCGACACCCCCGAACCCGCUACAGCCCAGGCUGGGAUGCCAAGCUGCUCUGGCUGCCUGCCUCCUACCUGCCAGCCAGCCUGGUGGAUGCUGUGCUCACCUGGGUCCUUCCCAAGCCUGCCCAAGCAGUCUACUGAAUCCAGCCUUCCAGCAACAGAUUGUUUUUCAAGGACAAGGACUUUGAUUUAUUUCUGCCCCCACCCUGGUACUGCCUGGUGCCUGCCACAAAAUAAGCACUAACAAGAGUGUAUUGUUUAAAAAAUAAAAAGAAGGUGGGCAGAAAUGUGCCCAGUGGAAGGCUGACCCCA